GCUUCGAGGUCGCCCUCAACAAGGACGGGAAGCCGCAGGCGCGGAACCUGCAGGCGCCGCGCGGGCAGGACCGGGGCUCGCGGCAGCGGUGCUCCGGCAGCCCGCCGGGCCCGUGGUGGUGCCACCUUCCUCGAGCCCCUGGACGUCGACGCAGGGCCCCGCCGCCCUGGCCCCGGGAGGCGAAGACUCUACGCGCUACACGGGCACCAUUGUCCAUUUCAAUGCCGAGAAGCACUUUGGCUUCAUCAAGUGCGAGGAGACAAGCGCGAUUUACAACAAGGAUGUCUUCGUCUCGGACCUCGAGAUAGGCGGCCGGUUCCAGAUCGGGGACGCCGUGAGCUUCCGCGUCGUGCUGAACCCGCGCGGCCAUCCCCAGGCGCGGGAGGUCGGCCCCGCGGGCCCGCCCGCGGCGUUCUCCUGAGGGGGGGGGGGGCGGCGGCCCGCCGCGGCGCCCAGCGAGGAAGAAAAGGGGCGGCAUGAGCGCGAAAU